AUGCUUAAGCUGUGUGGACUCCAAUUUCUGCUUCUCAUUCAGUCGGCUAUGUGGCUUAAUCUGGAGGGCCUGCGUGUAAGUGGGCCUCUGAAGGACAUGGACUUCUUUGUUCAAGAAGGAGGGGGUCCACGCAUCCUUCACCAGUUCACACUUGAGUCACCUGCUGUGAGUUUCAGAAUGUCUGGUGAAAAAGCUGGAAUUAUUGACAUUGAGCCGAGGACAGGCAUCCUGUAUAUCAACGGGUCUCUGGACUGGGAGACCAAACAAGUGCACAAGCUGCAGGUGGAAAGUCUGGAUAAAAGUGGAAACAAAGUUAAAGGUCCAUAUUCUGUUACAAUACAUGUGGAGGAUAUCAAUGACAACCCACCAGAGUUUGACCAGAAAAGGUACUUUGGAAUAGUGAGGCAGAACUCUCGUCCAGGCAAGCCCUUCAUGUAUGUCCAUGCCACUGACCGUGAUGAUCCCACAACUCCCCAUGCUCAGCUGUCAUACAGCAUUCUCCACCAUUUUCCCAACCCAUAUAAAGAAAUGCUUUUCCAGAUUGAUAAUGAAACUGGAGCAAUCUCACCAAGCAGGACAGGCUCUUAUUACUUGGAUCCUCAAAAGCAGGCCAUCUUCACACUUGUUGUCUCAGUGAAGGACAUGGCAGGGACAACAAUAAAUGCUUUCACCAGCAGUGUUGAUGUGAUCAUCACUGUGAUGGAGAGCCUGUGGAAAGCUCCUCCCAUCAUCCACAUCAAAGAAAACUCAACCCAGGUCCACCCUGUCAACAUCAGCAAGGUGUGGUCAAAUGAACCAGAUGUAAUUUAUGACAUUUUUGAAAAAGAAAAGCUCCCAAGGCUCCCAUUUUCCAUCAGUAAGGAUGGGGAUAUUUAUGUGACUGAACCAUUGGACAGGGAAGAAAAGGAUACUUAUACAUUCUUUGUGGUGACAAAAGAUAACACGGGAGAGCUGGUGGACAAGCCUUUGCAAAUUCACGUUAUUGUGGAUGACAUCAAUGACAACCCCCCUGUGUGCCAGAAGACCCUCACCAUAAUUGAAGUUCAAGAAAAUGAAAUGGGAGGAAGUAAUAUUGGCACCAUGCUUGCUACAGACAUGGAUAAGGAGGACACCCUUAACUCUCGUCUGCGGUUCCAAAUUCAAAGUCAGGAACCUGAAUUUCCCGAAAAGAAUCUCUUCUAUAUCCAGAAAGACACUGGGAUUUUGCAAUUAACUGGCCGUUCUUUACGCAAGCGUGAAUCAGCCAAGUAUUCCUUGAAGGUCCUGGUGACAGAUUCAAAAUAUGAAACAAUCUGUGAUGUGGAAGUACAUGUCAUCGACAUCAACGAUCAAAUUCCCAUCUUUGAAAAAUCAGAUUAUGACAGUGUGACCGUGGCAGAAAAUAUGCCAAUAGGAACUGUGAUAUUAGAAAUUCAAGCUACUGAUGGAGAUGAGCCUGACACAGGGAGCUCUCUCAUCAUUUACCAAGUGAAGGAAGGUGAUCCAAACAACACGUUCAUCAUAGAGACAGACUCUCAAACAAACCAAGGGUUUGUCAAGAUUAACAAGGCUCUCGAUUUUGAAACAAUGCCUGUGUACAACCUGGUGAUCAACGCCACAAACCCCGAACCGCUGGUGCCACACGUGCAGUAUAACUCAAGCUCUACUACCAAGUUUAAAGUGUUUGUAAGAAAUGUGGAUGAGCCACCUGUUUUCCUGAAUCCAGUUUACAAAGCAGAAGUGUCUGAAGACAUUCCUGUCAAUACCUUGGUCAUGACGGUGGAGGCCUAUGAUCCUGAAAAGGAUUCUGUACGAUACUCCUUGGAAGGUGAUGUGAGAAAAUGGCUGAGAAUUGAUCCAGCCACUGGGCAGGUAUACACUAAUUCCCCUUUGGAUCGAGAAGCAGAAGAAAUAUACUCAAUAGAGGUUGUUGCAUCAGAACAAAAUAAUGCAGCUCAGAAAUCCAAAGCACCCUUGAUUCUACACUUACUCGAUGUGAAUGACAACCCUCCAGAAAUAGCUACGGAUUAUCCUACUUUCUUCUGCUACCCAGUCAGUGGAGGAGAGAGAACUCUUAUUCAAGCUACUGAUGCUGAUAAACAGUAUUUUUAUUCAAAAUUUACUUUUUCCCUUGCGGAUGAGAUGAAUACAAGAAAUAAUUGGGAGAUCUCAAAAUUCAAUGCUACCCAUGCUUACCUGUCCCCGAAACAUGCUAACUUUGAAGAGAAGGUGUAUGAUGUUCCAAUAGUACUUAAUGACAAUGGAAAUCCGGCUUUGCAAAACAAAGUGAAUCUUAAAGUAAGCAUCUGCAAGUGUUCCAGUGAAAAUUCAUGUUUUAUUGAAAUAGACCGUGAGCACUCCUGGCCAACCCCUGGGCAGGCAAUUGGGAUUCUCCUUGGGGUCCUGCUUAUCAUUGGUGCCAUUUUAGCGGGUGCAUUUUACCACAUGAAACACAAAGAGAAAAAUGAAAAGAGCCAUCCCAAAGAUGCAAAAGAUAAGGCUGAACUCAGCACACUGGCUUAAUGACUGUUGC